GGCACCGAAUCACCAGGCACGACAGUGGGCUCUGACUCAAUUGGCACGACAGCGGGCACCGGGUCAUCAGGUACCGGAUUGUCUGGCUCGACAGCGGGCAUCGGGUCACCAGGUAUGACAGCGGGCACUGGGUCACCAGGCAUCAGGUCAUUUGGCUCGCCAGCGGGCACCGCGUCAUCUGGCAAGGCAGUGGGCACCGAGUCACCAGGUACCGGAUCAUCUGGAUCAACAGCGGGCAUCGAGUCAACUGGCCUAAUAGGAUCGUCAGGCUGGAUCAGUUCAUCAUGCUGGGUAGAGGCAUCAGGC